GAGCAAGAGUGAGAUGAGCACAUGUUGGUGCUGUGAGUGUGUGUGGCCAGGGGCAGGAAUAUUUAGUUGUAAAGCAGCAGCGGUGCUCAUAGAAGUGUGCGCUAGACAGACAAUUAUCAUCGUUGUCGCUCUCUUGGCGCUGGUGCCUGUUUUGUUGGCUGGCGCAAAUCAACUAGGACAGGGCACUCACGGUCUCACUCGCUCUCGCGAUCGACGUACCAUCGGAGCCAAUAUACAACACGGGGCAACCAGACUGCUUUAGGAGAGCAAAUAUUACUACCUAAAAGAAAAAAAAAAGUGUGUGAAGGGGAGCACAGAUACUUCUGUGCUGGUUGUUAGUGAGAGAGGGGACGAUAGAUGUGCAGAAAAAAAAAAACAGGCAGCAACUGAUAAAACACAAAAGUGCAUUUGAGUUCAACAAGUUGUAAUUGUGGCGAAUGCAUCGAUAUAUCGCUACUUUUUUUAUUUUACCAAUUUUUCAAUGGAAAAUCACUGAGUUUUCUCGAUGCGUUUUGUGUGUGAAAGUCCCAUACUUUAGAGAGGAUUUAUAUUGCAGAGUGUUCUGGGGGCUUUUGAGAUUGUGUUAAAUUGGAAGAAAGAGUUUCAUUUCAGUGAAAAGUUUUAUAAUCUCUCAUGUGUUCUAUUCAAAAUUCUUCAACUUCAUUCACUCCCCAAUCGUUCACUCAUUAUAUUAUCUGGUUCUCCUCUUUUGGGGAGUGAGAGAGACUAUAUAACACAAAAAUUCAAUUCGUCAAUUCGUUUUUGCUGUGAUGCUUCUUUCAUGUAUCGUCGAUUAUUUAUUGUGAUGAAUUGAAAUUUUUUUUUCGUGGGGGGUAGGAGGCAAUCCAGAAAGCAAAAACUCAAGUGCGCUAUAGAUGAGUGUAUUGAGCCAAAAACAGAAUUAUAAAAUAAAAAGAAAUAAUAGAGAACGCGAAAGGUUACAAAUGAAAUAAUUAAUUAUGCAAAAAGGAAGAAAAUUGUGAGUGAUGCUGAAGAACAGUUUGAAUACAAAGUGAUGCUUUUCACCUUUUUCGCGCCAAGCAAAUUAAUUUUGACCAAAAAGCAAAAAGAGGAAAAAAAAGCUCCAAAAUAAUCAAUUUGUGUACACCAAGUAUCUUUUCUAUAUUCCUCCUCACUCUCUGUCUCUUCCUGCUAACGAUUCACGGUGGACACACCGAAUGGAGAGUAUUUAGUAAGAAAACAUUUAACAGAGUUUUCCAUUGCACUCAUGUAAUCUUUUAGCUAUCUCAGACGAGAUACUCGAAAAGAUAAUUGGGUAGAGAUAAGUUGUGAAAUAUACUUCUCCAUAAAGCUGAUCAAUUUUUAAGGACAUUUCGAUCGGAAGUGCAAUUAAUAUAUCACCCUAAGAAGUGUCUCUGCUGUAGUUCUUUCUAUCCAAAGUAAAUUGAUAUGCAUUCAAUGUCGUGAGAGAAGAAAUAUUUGUGACUGUGAGAUACUCUAUCAAAAGUGACGUUAUAGUGGACUGUUGGGAAAAUACUGGUGUUCAGCCAGAAGUGUAUUUGAACAUUGGUCCAAGUGCAGCACAAUGCAAAAAUAAAGGUCAUCCUCAAACACCGUGCUCAUGAUACAGUGUCGUCUGGGUCCAAGGUGGUAGUGAAAAGCGAAAGGAAAAUUCAUCACGACUUUUUGCUUGUAGCUUUUCUCACGAUUUGUGCCUCUGCAGACUCCAUUUCACGGAUUCAUCUUUCCAGAGAUCACUUUCUAUGGUUUUCUCCGCUGUCGUCCUGGAAAACAUUUUAGGAAAAUAGCAAUAGCCACUGGGCGCUCUGGGUGAUCACUGUGCCAUGAUGUUACCUGUGUAAUUGAGGGCGUCCCAAUUGAUGUCGGUGAGGAGUUGAGAGAGUGGCGGUCGGGGGAGGUCCAGACGAAGGCUACGGCGGACGUGAUUUUGGUGUGGCCGGAGCGUGAUUUUGGCGAAUGUUCAAGGAGCAAAAUUGCGGAGCACAUUCAGGUGGCGGUGGCCUAAGUGUUGAUAGCAAAUUAAUCGCCGACGUGUGUCACAUCGUUGAGCACCUGCAGCACCUGGAGCUUUCUCUCUGGAGAGCACCACGGGCUGUCACAGACAAUUCUCCCGCCAAUGAUGACGUAGACUAUGGAUUUCUGAAGGGGCUCGUGGAGCGUUUCAGGAAGCACAAAAACGCCAUGAAUGCCGAAAAAGGGGCCACAUUGAGUGGAGGCCCACUGGACACCGUCGCGGUUGGUGGCAGUGUGACGGACGAAAAUCCAGUGGAUAGUCAGAAGAAGCAGCGAGAGUGCGAAGGGGAGUCUCUGGUAAUUACGGAAGAGGACAUACGAGCGCUCGUGCGGGAUCUCAAGAGGAAGAUUGAAUACACCGAGAGGAUGAACUGGCUAUGUAUAUCGAAACGUCCAAUGGGUCCGCCACAGCGAAAGAACAGUUUGCCGAAGCAUUCGGAGGUGAAGAAGAAAUUUCUUGAAAUAUGUGAUACGGCUCUGUCCGAUGAAGUGAAAGCCGCCCUACGACUGCCCGCUUUCGAUUCGUAUGAGUGGGAGGAUGCGGAUGUUUUGCAUCUGAUGCAAACCAUGUUCCUGGAAUUGGGUCUGGUCAGUCACUUCAAUUUACCAGUAGGCACCCUCCGUGAGUGGCUGUACGAGGUCUACAAGCACUACAAUGAUGUGCCAUUUCACAAUUUCCGCCAUUGCUUCUGUGUCGCCCAGAUGAUGUAUGCCAUUACGUGGCAAACAGAUCUUCCCUCGAGAUUGGGCUACUUAGAAAUCCUCAUUCUGCUUGUCUCCUGCAUUUGUCACGACUUGGAUCAUCCCGGAUACAAUAAUAUUUAUCAAAUAAAUGCAAGGACGGAGCUAGCUUUAAGAUACAAUGACAUAUCACCGCUGGAGAAUCAUCACUGCUCAAUUGCGUUUAGACUGUUCGAACAUCCAGACUGCAACAUAUUCAAGAAUCUCAGCAAGGAUACAUUCAAAGAAAUUCGUGAGGGAAUCAUUCGAUGCAUUUUAGCAACAGAUAUGGCACGUCACAAUGAAAUCCUGACCCAAUUCAAGGAUAUCAGCCCCAUCUUCGAUUACUCCAACAAAGCGCACACGAAUCUGCUAUGUAUGGUGCUAAUUAAAGUGGCGGACAUAUCAAAUGAGGCGCGUCCGAUGGAUGUGGCUGAGCCAUGGUUAGAUCGUUUGCUGCAGGAAUUCUUUGCACAGAGUGCUGCUGAGAAAAGUGAGGGUCUCCCGGUGACACCAUUCAUGGAUCCUGACAAAGUCAGCAAGCCCGGAAGUCAGGUGCGCUUCAUAGGAUUGGUGUUGUUGCCACUGUUUGAAGCUCUGGGCGAAAUACUGCCAGAACUCAAUGAGUUCAUAAUUAAUCCCGUUCGUGUGGCCCUUGACUACUAUAAACGUCUCAAUGACGCUCAAAAUCGCUCGCGGAAAUCCCUUGUGGAAACGGAAAAUUCAUCAGAAGGUGGAUCACCACCACUGCCACGUUCUCAGAGUGGCAUGAGCAUGAGAUCUCGACGGAGUAUCCCAUCGCAGAAAUCCAAUUCUCGGACAUCUGUUGAUGAACCACUCUGCAUCGCGGCGGAAUUGCACGAUCUGCCAGAGGGCAGUGAAAGUGGAGACUCUGAAACAGCCACGGAAGUUGAGGUCGCUGAGAAGACAUCAAAGUUCAAAGUGGAUACGGAGAGCAGUGGCCGGAGCAAGUCAACGCAGACGGGCAAGAGACAGGUGAGCAAGGAGAAGAGACCAUCGAUGUGUGUAGAGAUGUAUUGCAAUCGUAUGAGGGGCUCCUAUGGCAACAUACACACUCAUCAUCCACACAGGACACCCUUUGGAACGAAUAGGGCAGUAAGUCUGGAUCAGUACCAGAACAGGCGGAUGUCCGAUGGACUGCAGGCAGUUACCAGUGAUACGGCUGUGUACUACAACCAUCAUCAACAACAGCAAUUGCUGCAGCGUCACAACAUCGGACUGGAGAAUGAGGCAAUUGCUGAACGAGCAGGUGAAUUUGGGAAUGGACGAAAUGGUGGUCAGGGCGAGAAGAGUCGGAGUUUGCCAACGAGAGAGAUGCGCCUGGGAAAGAUGCCAAUGACAUCAUCGUCUUGUCAGUCAAAUAGUGUAGCUUCCGGGGCACGAACGUUCAUUUCGCGACUUCGUCAACUCACUGGACGCCUAGGGCUGAGUUUUGAUAAGGAUCCCAAGCGUCUACCUACAGCCAGUGGAGCAGGAUCUACGAGGAGUGCAGCUGGAGUGUCUCCGGCAAAGAAUAACAAUGCAGGACCGCCCAAAGCUGAUGGGUUUUGCUGCAAUUUAUCUCAUAGGAGUGUUUCGCCAAAUCUCAAAUGUCGUGGAGAUGUCUUCCUCGUAAAUUCCUCGAGAAAUCGCGCAUAUAGUUUAGAUGUGCCCAUCAAGCAUCGAUACAGCAGCAGCAGUUCCAGUCGCAAGAGUUCGGCGUCCAAUAAGAAUGACGACGAUGGAGCCACUGCGGGCGGUCGGCUCCUUGAGGCCAAUGUACGUCUCCCGGAAACUCCUGUGGCUUCCACGGGUCCCAGUGAUGGUGGCGGUGGGAACCCGGAUAACAACAACAUUUGACGACGGAGCACGGACGCCACAACGGCGAGUGCACUCUCUGGCAAUGGAUCCUUCUCCAUCAACUGGACAUGCAUCGGUGAUCGACUCAGUGCUCUUGUGUGCAAGUGUUGCGAGAGCAAUCUACCACUCAAUCCGGAGAGUGUUUAACAUCCAUCGCCAAUGCGAUGUGGGUCCCCAUUCUUCUGUGUGCUUAUGAUCAAUGAUGAAUUUAAUUAAUUUUAGCUAGAACACUGUCACCCCAGCUCCCAGUUCCAUCCUCCCCAUCAAGCCUCGAGAUAUGAAUUGGGAGGACGCGAUUUUAUAAGCCUCAUCCCCAUAGAGGUAUAUAUUUAAUGUAAAUUUUGGAAAUUUUCUCUUUCCGCAACAUGUUGUGGAUUAUUGAAUGGUAAGUUUUCCAAGAGGAAUGCUCAAAAAGGAUUACCCAAUUUUGAAGGUAUCUCGUUAAAUGAUAAAUUCUUAAUUUUUCACUAUAUAUUUCUUUUCUUAUAAUUUAUAUAUAUUCUUUUGUGAAUAUUCGAAAAGAGAGAGACUCACAGCCAAAUGAAAUCUUUUCACAAUCCAUUUUCAAAGAGACUUUUCAUAGUUGUAAUCCAUCUCCUGCACAAUUAAUAUUAAAGUAAUUUUGGAAUAUAGUGCAAAAUCUCUCAUGAAUGGUGCACGUUGGAAAAGCGCAAAAAUAAAUCGGAAUUACUUCCAUCAACUUCUACCAUUUAUGUUCGUACCUGGAAGGAUGAUAAUAUAAGUCUCAUUGUGCACACUCUCACGGUACUUGAGCGACGAAUCAUGCGAUUUUCAUAAUAAUAAUAACGCAAUGAUAAUGAAUUCAACUGCUGUUGUGUUCUUCCAUAAAUAUAUAAGAAUUUUGCUUCAACUUUGUGAUAUUUAUUCAGCAUUCAGUAAUAACAAAACAUACUGUGGAUACUUAUUUAAAAAUAUACUCGAAAGACGUUAAAACGAGGUACCUUCUUGGUGGGAUUUAUCAAGAAGAAAAAAAAAUAGUCUUAAAAAUUAUUAUUUUUCUUAAUUUUAUUGGAUUCUUCUGAAUUUCAAUCAUCUUUUCUCGAUUGUAGUCUUCCAAAAUUUUGGCAUAAUUCAAACUGUCUUUAGAAUUUGUUUUUUUUUUUGGAUGCAAAUGGUAUUUGAUGACCUGAGUAAGAUCGACCGAAAAAUAAAUCUUAAUUAUAUCCUUUUUAUAAAAAAUAAUUUAAAUUUAAAAGUAGAAUUGCUACACGGGCAUGACUUCUUAUUGACCUGUUUUAUACUUCGUCUUAUAAACACCACUAAACCUUGACCGUACAAAUUUGGAAAAAUAAGCCACGCCCAUUAAAAACUUACUUAGGCCUUCCCGCAAGGGCAGUUUCGGGACGUUCAUUAUUAUUUUUCCUUAUACAGGGAUGGGGCUGUCAGUUCCAUGCCCCGUGUUAUCAAAUGCAGUGAAGAGGCUCACAGGAUGCAAUUCAAACCCCUUUAACGUCAGAAAAAUCCCUGGUGACCUAAAGGGGAUUCGAAUCCGGAACACUUGCAUCAUAGAACAAGUGCUCUACCACUUGAUCGAUUGAGGGCUCGAAGUCCGAUAAAGGUCCGAUUUCGCACGAUUUUUGGGUGUAGGGAAACUCCGAACGUUCAUGCCUUCGAACAAUGUGAAUUUUCUUUAAUUUUUUCUAAAAGACCUAAACAUUUUUAUUAAAUAUUAGUUAGCUUAUUAUCAAUUAUUGAUAGUUAUGUGAUAAUUAUGUGUAAUCCUCUUAGGAAAAAUAUAUGAGAUUUACAUUAUUCGAAGGCAUGAACGUUCGAAGGGAGAGUCCUUUCCCCUAUAUCGAUUUAUUACCGAUUAAAUUGAUUCACAAACCUGAAAACAAUUCUAAAUUGAAUAUUGGUUAGGAAAUGUGUAUGUUGGAAUUUUUUUGACAUUAGUAACAUACACACAAAUAAACAGGGAUAUUCAAGAAAAAUAAAUCAAUUACGAUUAUUUAACUAAUUACAAUUAAUUAUCGAUUGGAAUUGAAAAAGAUGGAUAAAAAAUUUCAAUACCAUUUCAAAAAUACCAAUUUUAGGCAAAUCAGUUGAAAAAUGAACUCCCAAAUGUGAUUGAAGUUUACUUUAACCUUCAAAAAUUCAAGAUGACGAAUCUUCCCGGUCAUAGGUCUGUAAACUAUAGAAAAAAAAAAUGGUUUUUGAGGGGAUGUAGGGGAUCAAGAGAAAAAAGGAAAAAGACCUUCUGCAAUAAUGUCCACUUCAUCGAAAACCGGGUUCUUGGGCGGAUAGAUCCCCGGUUUGACUCACAGUGUUGGGAGUUCGAGUCCCGCCCGAUACUAAAAUCUGAAUAUCCAGAAAAAGACAUUUUCACACGUGAGAAAACGUAAUAAAAAUACAUCGCUUCUGGCCAAAAAUUCCGGGAACAUGGAAGAAGCAUCCACACUGCGAAAAGGCGUUCCUGUGUGAUUAGUAUUUAAUAUAAAUAAAGUAUCUCGAUACGAUCAAUAAUAAUCGAAAACCGGAAGUCGAUAUCACUUACCGUUUGACCCUCUAGCUCGGGAACAUACAUAAGGUCAAGUAAAAAAAAAUCCAAGAAAAAUCAAUAUAUUACCGGUACUUGACCAAUCCACUACCGAUAAAGACCAAUGCAGCCGGGUUGGUAAUUUUAAGACCUUUCCAAAAAAUUCAAAUUUAAGCAAAUCGAUUAAAAAUGAUACCCCACCAAAGUGAUUGAAUUUUGACUUUCAAUAGUUCAAAAUGAGGAUUUUUUCAGUGAUAGGUAUGUAUGGACGAAAUAUUCGUUUAAGGUACCUCUAAAACAUAUCCGAAAAUCAUUUGAAUAACCUUGGGCAAAUUUUGAUAUAAACCAAACAACAUGGUUUUCUGUUUUCUAAGGGUUAGGGGUGGGGGAAAUAAUGUUUUAUUGGGGUCACCGAAGAUCGGGAAAUGGUAUCUGUUACCGAUUAAGCUCCAGAGCGGUGACAAGUUGAAAAAAUGCGGAUUAUACAACAACUCUUUCUUUAUGUUCGGGCAGAAAAAUAAUGUAAUUCGUUUAUUUUUUUUGAAAAUUAUCAGCUUUGCACAUUUUUUCGAUACUAUUUCAAGUGAUUAAGAUUAUUUUGAUUGUAUUGCACUCGCUAAUUGGUUGGAGUUUAAAAUAAUUUAAUUAUUUCAAGGCUCUCUAGUUAAUCAAUGGAUACGAUGGGAAUAAAAUAUUUCAAUUCAAGUAACUAAAUAUUAAUUACACGCAGAUAAAGUCUAAAGAUGUGGCUAUAUAGACGGAGCAUUUGGAUAUUUUUCUUUGUAUAGUCGAUAUGGUUUACUUAAGGGCUAUUAAAGUGUUCCAUUAAACAGUGACAAUUCAAAUACUUUUUUAGAGUAGAUUUUGCCCGUUUUCCGAUUUGACAUUAUUACGAAUUGUACUUACUCAGAGAGUCAGAUACUUGCGCUUUUCAAAAGUAAAGAAAAAACAAUAAUAAAGACGUUGAAUUAAAAUUAAGAGAUCCAUAAAUUUCUUUUCACAUAGAAUCUUUGGUAUUGACUUGAGUUGUAAAUUAUGAAAUUUGUGAUAUUAUAAAUAAAAAAAUACAAUAUUAUUCAGACUUUAAUUCUGACACGUAUCAUCUCAUCAUUUUAAUUGGUUUAAGUUUAUAUAAUAAUUCCACUAAAAUAACAUAUUUUAUUUGUUAACUGGAUAUUGUGAACAUAUAUCGAUUAGUUGUGAACGGUUCUCUAUAAUUUCUGUUAUUUUUUUUUAAUAAAAAUCAUUUAGUAAAUUACACCAAAGAUUCUAUGUGCGUAAAAUCCUUUCAUAUAUAAUUUCUAAAUGUUGUUUCAUUUUCCAAAAUAUAAACAUAGUUGUGCAUUUAUUAUUUUGAAGAAUCUAGAUUAGAAAUAAAUUUUUAAAUUUAGACUAGAUUAUAGAUAUUGAAAGUUUAGAAACUGUGGGAGGAAAGAAAAUGCAGAAUUAUAAACCAAAUUUAUCAAGGUACAUGUAGAAAAAGACUGAAAGAGUUGGUAUUAUCAAUUUAAAAGAAGAAAAAAAAACAACAUAAAAUCUUUUCUUAAUGCAAUUUAAAGAUGAAAAGAAGAAGAAAAUCAGGAAGAAGAAAUAAAAGGCGCGGUUUUUGUGUCCAUGUCCUAGUUAAAUAUUUAAUCAGCUUCCCGUAAAUAUUGAAGUAAAAAAAUGAAAAAAAAAUAAUAAUUAAAAUCCAAACCCCCUCCCUAAGCAUCAACAUAACAUUAAAGAGAGAAAAAAAAUAGAAGAUAGAAAAUAUUUGUGUAAAAGAAGAAAUCUUAUAUGUGUAAAUAACAUAAUGUAAUAGCACGUUGAAAAGAAUAUCCUUUUUGAGACCAACUAUUGUCUUUUUUCCUCUGGAAUCUUCUGUAAAACAAGAAUUUAUAAAAUCGAUAUUUCCCAGACUAUAUUUCUGACUGCAGUUUUUCAAAUGAAAAAUCAAUCGUUAUUGAAGAAAAAUAAAAAUAUUUAAUCUCUGGCCUUCCCACCUAAAUAUAUUGAGACUAUUGCAAUUGAAAUAUCUUAUGAUGAGAUCAUUAAAAGAAAGUAACAUUAUAUCUUUCAUCUAAAUGAAGAGAAUUGAAAAAGAAAAAAGAAACACUUAAGAAAUCUCGUACAAAAUGAUGAAACACAAAAGUUAAUUUAAAAUAUACAAAGUUGAAAUUUCCUAUAUUUUAUCAAAAGAUCAUUGCUUUACUCUCCAAAACAUACAAGAAUUUAACAUAAUCUAAAAAAAUGAAAGAAUUGAGAAAUGAAAAAAGGAACAAUUUACAAAAGUAUUUUUCUAUCCUUUCCUAUUGUAAAACUUUUAUGGAAUCUUUUGUGGAGAAAAGAGGAAAUUAUAUUAAUCUAAAAGAUGAAAAAAAAGAAAAAAAGUAGUAACUAAAAAAUUGUGAAGAAGAUAUAGAUUUAAAUAUAAAGAUGACAGAAAAAUUAAGCUGCAGAAAGUCGAUAAAACAAAUCAAUUAAAUGUCCGAAUGUGUGUCAAAUUCCAGAUUAGGAUCAAUUAUCCCAAUUUAAAAAGAAAAAAAAUCGAUCACAUCAUUCUAGUUAGAUUAUAAAGUUCAUGUGCAGAUUUAACUACACGGACCAAAAUUUCGUCGUCUAUUACAUAACAAUCAAUUAAGAAAUAAAAUACUGAUUAAAAGAAAACCUUUAGUGAAAGAUGGAAGAUGCAUGGCAUUUUGAAAGAAUUAUAGGUACUCUCUUUUGAAUAGAAAAAUUAAGAAAAAAAAUAUAUGGAACAUAUUGUGUCAAUAGAGAGGAAGAAUACAGAGGAAUACAAAAAAUAAUAGGAUUUUGGAUGAGUUAUAGAAAUGAGAUAUGAAGUUUACAACCAAAAAUUAAAAUAAUCAGUUUUGUUUUGAAGAAUAAAAUGAAACAAUAAAAAAAUAAAAAUUUGUAUAAUUACUGAAAAAGAAAUGACUAGGUAAUAUCAUAUACAAGAAAACUCACAAAUAUUGUUCGAUGAUAUUGUAAAAAUAUUAAUUAUGAUAGAGAUAAAAAAUAAAAAUAAACGAUAAAA